CACAAAAGCAUUAGUUAAAGUAGUAACAUGAAGAAAAAAAUGCCACAAACACAAACCGACACAAAUGUUUGAUUGAGAUUUGGUUUCUUUGAAACCAAGCUUUUCUUCCUCACUCAUCCAAAUCUACUUCACUGAUUCACCAAAAAUGGGUUCAGUUUCUCUGAAAAUCGGUGAUGGAACCGCAAGAUUCAAAAGAGCAUCACUUUGUUCUUCAGCUGUUAACAUUCUCAUGAUUUUCUGUGUCAUCACAACCAAUCUCUUUGCUCUCUAUGCUUUCACUUCAUCUUCUUCCUCAAAAAACAACACCAGCAACGUUAUUCACAACAAGAACAUCUCUCUUGUCUCAGAACAAGUCUCGCUCAUACUCAGAGAGAUUGAUUUGUCUCAGAAGAAACUAGCCCAGAUGGAAAAACAGCUUCUUGGUUAUGAAAGAUUUGAUCUUUCAAGACCCAACAUUGCAAAUGAGCUGAAAAUCUUCCUCCAACGCCAUCAACUUCCUCUAGGUAAAGAUUCAAGAACUGGGAUCACUGAAAUGGUUUCAUCUGUUGGUCAUUCUUGUGAGAAAAAUUCAGACUUGUUGUCUCAGUUCAUGAGUUACAAGCUUUCUGGAACUUGUCCUGACGAUUGGAGUUUAGCUCAGAAACUGAUCUUAAGAGGGUGUGAGCCAUUACCAAGAAGAAGGUGUUUUUCCAAAACUGUUUCAAAAUUAGGGUUUUUUCCUUUUCCUGUUUCUCUUUGGAAGCCUUUAGGUAAUAACACUUUUAAUUGGAGUGGUUUGAAUUGUAAGAGUUUUGAGUGUUUGAAAGGUAAGAAACUGAGUAGAGAUUGUGUUAAUUGUUUUGAUUUGGUGAGUGGUGGGAAUGAGAAUCAAAGGUUUUUGAAGGGUAAGAGUAAAAAUGAUUUUUUGAUUGAUGAUGUUUUAGGUUUAGGAAAUGGUGGAAUUAGAGUAGGGUUUGAUAUUGGUGGUGGUUCUGGUUCUUUUGCUGCUAGAAUGUUUGAUAGAAAUGUUACUGUGAUUACAAAUACUCUUAACGUUGAUGCACCAUUUAGUGAAUUCAUUGCUGCAAGAGGACUUUUUCCGAUUUACUUGAGCUUAGAUCAUAGGUUUCCGUUUUACGACAAUGUGUUUGAUUUGAUUCAUGCUUCGAAUGCGUUGGAUGUUGGUGGAGGGAAGGUUGAAAAGUUGGAGUUUUUGAUGUUUGAUAUCGAUCGAGUUUUGAGGGCCGGUGGUUUGUUUUGGCUUGAUAAUUUCUUUUGUGAUAGUGAAGAGAAGAAACAAACUCUUACAAGGUUGAUUGAAAGGUUUGGUUAUAAGAAAUUGAAAUGGGUUGUGGGCGAAAAGGUUGAUAGUUUUGGAUCGGGUAAACCCGUAGUCGUGUUAUCUGCUGUCCUUCAAAAACCAGUUAGACCGGGUUAAAGUUUUAGGAGCUUAUAGCUUAUACAACAAAUGUAGCAAGAAGUGAGAAUAUUAUUGAUUCUGUUAUGUCUCUUUCGCACAACAUUUGUGCGAAUUGAAUUGUUUUGAACAUCGUCGUCGUCAUCAAAUCUCAUAAGAUGUGGAUUGUGUACAAGAAGUGUUUGCUUACCAAAUGUAGAGCAACAUUUUGAGGUGAUAUAAUACUAUCAUUUAAAGUUAUGUUCUAUAUUUUGUUCUGUAUUUGAGUUCUAGAUUUGUUUUGUAAUUGAUAAGUUGUUGGAAAAUGGAAAGAAAAUGAUGAAUUAGUUCAUUUUUGAAGCA